UAUCGAGGUUUUCGCCGACCUAAGUGGCACUUCCAAAUUACUUGUCGCAUGCACGGUGACGUAAACGCCAUCGUGAUCGAGCGAUCAUCGACUCUCAAGUCCCUCCUCAAGCACUGGGCUCUUCCCCCAUCAGCGCACCAUGUCUGAACCUCCAGCACAACUCCAUACUAUGACAUCCCCACUUCCAAAUAAAAAUCAUUCCAACCGUGACGCUCGGCUUGCUAAUCUACUCCGUAACAGCUACUGCCAAAAUGACAGACUAACAGAAGAACUUAGCGACACAAAGAAACGACUCGAAAAAUCAGAAGCAAGCAGACGUGUUACGCUCGAAUAUUACGAAGAACUCAACAAGUGUCUCGCUGCCAUCGAAUCCCCCACUGCCCACGCACGUGCUGUCUUACACCGUAUUCUCAGAGACGGACUGACAGGUGGUCACAUCCCGAAUAUUAACUGGCGGCUUGACGACUGUAGACUCUACUCCGCAAAUCCCAGAAUCGCAGCUGCCCUCCCUCCUCUUCCUCCCUUCAUCUCUGUUGGCCGUCCUCGCUCAGGCAGUUUUGAUACCCUUCCUAUCUCAUUGCACCACCCCCUUCCAAACGACUUCGCAAUAGGGAAUAUGACCACAAGCCCCCUCUUUUUCCGCUCUAGUAUCCGUGCUACUUCCAAGGACAUGGAAGACCUCCUCCUUGACGCUGCUGGCAAUGAAAGAAGCCAUCUCAAUGCAGACGACCAACCGUCACAGUCUCCCCCCGCUGUCUUGGCGGCCCACCAGUCCAGGGGUAUCCUUGUUGGUCCAUUGGAUCAGCCUGGUCAGCUCAGGACCGAUCAGCCCUGUAUUUUUGCCCCUCCUGUUACCGGUGCCCCCAAAGAAAGGGCAACCCAGGGUCCAGCACAAAUAUCGGUGCCUCACAAUGCCAUCAUCCCUACCUUCGCACCAGUACCCUGCACAACCUCUUUCCACGCCAAUAAUGCCCUCGGCCAGCGCAUUUGUCGCCAAUGUGAUCCACCAAGGCGCUACAAAGACAAGAAGUGCGUCGAAAGAUGGGGGCCUCGGCCAGAGGAACCCGGCACUGUGGGCCGUAUGCGACCGCUGCAGAAAAAAAAUGAAGCAAAUGGAACGGCGGAAACGACCGAUGCAAACGUGGGCGACAGUAGCAGCGCCAUUGCAGCGCGGUUGCACUGUACAUAUAUCAUUCCUGUCGGUGUUAUGGCUGGGACGCAGACACAGACGCAGGCCUUUGCAGGCUCAGCGUCCUUGGCGCCUUCUGUGUCUUUACAGGAGAAGAUAGUGCUCUAG